AAUAAUGACUUGUUCGCUUAAAACUGUUUAAGCGACCAUUAAAAAAACACAAUCACACACACAGCUGUUUCAUUUGAGCUACUGUAGAAUAAUGUACAAGCUGCAACAGUCUACAAGCAAAUCAGAUUUGAUAAUCCCUGGAGCGUUCUACAAGGCCUUUUCUGCAAAACAAUGUGUUCCUAUAGUCGUGGAUUCAUGAGGCUCUUUGAAUUAACCAGAUCUUGGCCAUUUGCUUUAAACAAAAACCGCCGCUGCUUCUUCCUCUGAGUCCAGACCUCUCCAUCUUCAGGUCUUCUCCAUCGUCCGUGCGCUCUUGGUGGACCCCGACGUGCUCUGCGCCUUUCGGCCCUUGUCACUGGUACCCUUGGACGUGAAGCCACGCAUGGCGCUGCUGCUGCGGCUCUGGCAGCGUGGUGGCUUGGAGCAGAUCGCCCAGUUGCUGGACGUGCCGAAUGAGAAGGACGUGCAGGUGUAUCGUCCUCGUGCACGGACUUUGGUCCUGGGGAACUGCCAAGAGGACUUGACCACCACAGCUGAUGAUGAUGUACAUAUCGAUUUGGAUGAUCACCUCUGGCGAGAGGAGGAUGAGUUUGAGCAUGAGUGGUUGGAAGCCUCCGAAGCCUCGGCUUCACGCGCCUCGGCCGCCUCGGCCGCCUCGGCCGCCUCGGCCUCCGCCUCCGCUCGCGGCUCCGCGAGCCGCGGCGUGCCGUGCAGUUGCUUCGGGCGCAGCGUGCUGAAUGCGGACGUGAGGGUCUUCCGACUGGGAUGAGAAGCGGGCCUCUUUAGAUGCCCAGAUGAGGCCAUGUGAUCCAGGAAUCCUAUGAUGAGG